AUGUUUCGUUGCAUCGGUUGUCCCUUAUCAGCAUCUCCAUUUGAUUGCUUGGAAGAACUAGAGAUUCACAUAGCCGCAGAUCAUAUCAGCCAUGUACCCUACGAGUGUGAACGGUGUCGGUUCUCUAAAUUUCCAACAGAAUUUGCUUUAAUCAUUCACUGCACUGUUGAUCAUGGGUUAAAAGAGUUUUAUGUUAAAUAUAAGCUUACACCGGAUUUUCAUCGUAAGCGUGAACAAAUCAAAGAAAUGUUACAACAGUCCAUUACUAUAUCAAAAAUUCCAUUUGCAAAUGUCAAACGACGAAAAUUGAACGAUUGUUCAUUGCCUAGCUCUACCGGAGAGCCUUGCACCACUACUUCAGUGGAUUCUGAUGAACUCAAUCGUGGCAUUGAAAAUGAAAAAGAGGCCAAAUUCGGAGAUGCUAAAAACACUGAAAUGGAGCCGGAUAACAGUGCUCAGGAAAAGGAUUUAGAUGUACAGCCCAGUUCAUGUGCAGCUGAUUAUUCACGACACGAUUCAGAACCAGUAAAUAUUGGUGGCUAUUCUAAAAAAUUUUCAGCGAAUAUUUUGACUGAUUUGUAUCAUAAUGAGACUGCCAGUACUACUGUUGUUACGGGACUUGUUUGUGAUCAAAAUGAGAUAGAUCACGCUGCUGGAUUGACAUCUACUAGCGAAUAUAUCACGCAAGCAAGAAAACGUUCUAGACCACCGCGAAUUUGCAAUAUUUGUGGUCUUCAGGUUACUGGACAACGUUCAUCACUAAUUUAUCACGCUAAUUCCAAGCACGUACGCUUGCCAAUGUUCUUCUGCCGUGAAUGUAAAAAAACUUGGACUACAAUAACAAAAUCCGAUGUAAUUAAGCAUGUAAAGGCAUGCCAUGAUGGUAAUGAAAGCCUUAUUGAGGAUCACCGUAUGCAGUAUGCUAAAGAUUUGCAUCUUAUUACUGACAAAUGCUUCCCACGUAAAAGUCGAGGUAUAAUUUGA